AUGCGUCCUGACGGCCUGGCAAUGGCGGCGCCCACGGAGUCGCUGCGGAAGCGAAGGCGCGGGGACGCGGACGAGGGGCCUUGUUCUCCGCCCGCGCCCGCGCGCGAGCCCGCGGCAUGCCCGGCCCGCCUCCGGCCGGGCACCUUCUGGUUGACCAGGAUAGUGCUCCUGAGGGCCCUAGCUUUCAUUUACUGGGUGGCGUUCCUGGUGGCUUUCCACCAGAACAAGCAGCUGAUUGGUGACCGGGGGCUACUUCCGAGCAGGCUGUACCUGAAGAGCGUCCAGCGGCACGUUGGGGGGCGGGUCGGCUGGGGUGCCCUGAGCUACGCACCCACCGUCCUCUGGUUCCUGGACUGGACGGACAUGGAUGCCAACCUGGACUUCCUGGCCCUGGCCGGCUUGGCCAUCUCGUCUUUCAUCCUGAUAGCUGGCUGUGCCAACAUGGUCCUCAUGGCCACCCUCUGGGUCCUCUACAUGUCCCUGGUCAACGUGGGACAGAUCUGGUACGCCUUUGGGUGGGAAUCCCAGCUUCUCGAGACAGGGUUCCUGGCGAUCUUCCUGUGCCCGCUGUGGACGCUGUCCCGGUUGCCGAGACACACCCCGACGUCCCGGAUCGUCGUGUGGGGAUUUCGGUGGCUGAUUUUCAGGAUCAUGCUCGGAGCAGGGCUGAUCAAGAUCCGGGGGGACCGGUGCUGGCUGGACCUGACCUGCAUGGACUACCACUAUGAGACCCAGCCGGUGCCCAACCCCGCAGCCUACUACCUACACCGCUCGCCGUGGUGGAUUCACCGCACGGAGACGCUCGGCAACCACAUCAUAGAGCUUGGGGUUCCCUUCUUCCUCUUCCUGGGACGCAGUAUGUGCCUGCUGCAUGGCGCCUUGCAGAUCCUCUUCCAGGUGCUUCUCAUCAUCAGCGGGAACCUGAGCUUCCUGAAUUGGUUGACCAUCGUGCCCAGCCUGGCCUGCUUCGACGACGCCGCCCUGAGCUUCCUGUUCCCCUCUGGGCCUGGGGGCCUCAAAGAUCAAGUCCUGCAGCUGCAGAAAGAGGAGGCCCAGGGGGCCCAGCCCGUGCAGACAUGGGGCUGUGUGGUGCGGUGGGCUGUCCACCUCACGCUGGCCGCCCUCAUUGGCUACCUCAGCAUCCCUGUCGUCCUCAACCUACUCAGCUCACGGCAGGUCAUGAACGUCUCCUUCAACCCGCUCAGGAUCGUCAACACCUACGGGGCCUUUGGAAGCAUCACCAAGGAGCGCACGGAAGUGAUCCUCCAGGGCACAGCCAGCCCCAACGCCAGCGCCCCCGACGCCCUGUGGGCUGACUACGAGUUCAAGUGCAAGCCGGGGGACCCCAGGCGGCGGCCCUGCCUCAUCUCCCCCUACCACCACCGCCUGGACUGGCUCAUGUGGUUCGCGGCCUUCCAGACCUACGAGCAGCAUGAGUGGAUCCUCCACCUGGCAGGCAAGCUGCUGGCCAACGACGCCCAGGUGCUGUCCCUGCUCGCCCACAACCCCUUCUCAGGCGCGGAGCCCCCCAGGUGGGUCCGCGCAGAGCACUACCGUUACAAGUUCAGCCUCCCGGGGGGCCAGCACGCAACAGAGGGUAAGUGGUGGGUCCGGAAGCGGAUCGGCCCCUACUUCCCACCACUCAGACUGCAGGACCUGAAGGGCUACUUUGAGGCCAGGGAGUGGCCGCACCCGGAGCCCGCCUAA